UUUUGGGAUUUUUUAAUUUGCUUUUCAGAGAAAAUGGAUUUCCAAAAACGUGGAUUAAUUGGUCAGUCAAGUGGCCGGAUCUGCCAGGAACACCUACAAAAUCAGCCCAUCUCUGCCUUUCCAGCAGGGGAAGAGGACCCGGGCAAGGGGGUCCGCUCUGACGGUUUGGUCACGGAUUUUGCCAACGUUUACGCUUCAGACCUGCUCCCUGCUGGGCCUGGCGCAGAAGUCACAGAACACUUCCUGCUGGAGGUGGUGGACAUCCUCUUGGCUUACAUCAGGAAGACCUACAAUGAGAAGAGCAAAAUCCUGGACUUCCACCACCCUCACCAGCUCCUGGAAGGUCUGGACGGCUUCAGCCUGGCUAUUUCUGACCAGCCUGAGCCUCUGGAGCAGAUCCUGGUGGACUGCAAGGACACCCUGAAGUAUGGCGUUAAGACUGGCCACCCUCGCUUCUUUAACCAGCUUUCCAGUGGCCUAGAUAUGGUAGGAUUAGCCGGCGCCUGGCUGACGGCCGCAGCAAACACCAACAUGUUUACGUAUGAAAUCGCCCCAGUGUUUGUCGUCAUGGAAAAGAUCCUUCUCCAGAAAAUGCAUGAACUGGUGGGCUGGGCUGAAACUGGAGCAGACGGCAUAUUUUCCCCAGGCGGGGCCAUAUCAAACCUCUACAGCAUCCUGGUGGCGCGCUACAAAUACUUUCCAGAAGUCAAGAGCCGAGGCAUGGUGGCCCUGCCCCGCAUCGUGCUGUUCACCUCGGAGCAAAGUCACUAUUCAGUCAAGAAGGCUGCAGCUGUCCUUGGCAUCGGGACGGAUAACGUAAUCGAAGUCAAAUGUGAUGAAAGGGGGAAGAUGAUUCCAUCUGAACUGGAAGAAAGAAUUCUUCAAGCUAAGAGAGAGGGCCAGUCUCCUCUGUACGUCAGUGCCACGGCUGGGACCACGGUGUAUGGAGCCAUCGACCCGCUGACCAGCAUCGCUGACAUCUGCGAGCGGCACAAACUCUGGAUGCACGUGGAUGCUGCCUGGGGCGGGGGCCUGCUCCUGUCCAAGAAGCACGUCUACAAGCUGGAAGGCAUUGACAGGGCCGACUCGAUUACCUGGAAUCCACACAAGCUGAUGGGCGUCCCUCUUCAGUGCUCCGCCAUCCUGGUCCGGGAGCAGGGUCUGUUGAAGGCUUGCAACCAGAUGUGUGCCAGCUACCUGUUCCAGCCCGAUAAGCACUAUGACACCGCCUAUGACACUGGAGACAAGGCCAUCCAGUGUGGUCGCCACGUGGACGUCUUCAAACUGUGGCUCAUGUGGAAAGCCAAGGGGACUUGCGGAUUUGAGCUUCAGAUCAACAGAUGUUUGGAGCUUGCAGAUUAUCUUCACAAGUCUUUGAAGAAAAGGGACGACUUUGAACUAGUAGUGGAUGCAGAACCUGAGCUCACCAAUGUUUGCUUCUGGUAUGUCCCACCCAGCCUGAGGAGCCUUCCCGAGGGGCCUGAGAGAGCGCAGAGGCUGCACAAGAUCGCUCCGCAGAUCAAAGCCCUCCUGGUCGAAGAAGGCACCGCCAUGGUGAGCUACCAGCCCCUUGGGGACAAGGCCAAUUUCUUCCGCAUGGUUUUCUCCAACCCUGCCACCCGCCGGGUGGAUGUGGACUUCCUGGUUGGGGAAAUCGAGAGGCUGGGGAAGGCUCUGUGAAGGCACGGAACCGACCGGACUGGCUAUU